GCCCCCUCGCCGGUGACGUCACCGCUGUCUAAAAAAGCGCCCCGGCAGGCAGGGCAGCGGGCAGGGCAGCGGGCAGCAGCAGCAGGACGCGCCCCGCCGCCGCCGACAUGGUGUCCCCCGUCACUGUGGUGAAGAGUGAAGGCCCCAAACUGGUGCCCUUCUUUAAAGCGACUUGUGUCUAUUUUGUCCUCUGGCUGCCAACUUCCAGCCCCUCCUGGUUCAGUGCCCUCAUCAAAUGUCUGCCCAUCUUCUGCCUGUGGGUUUUCCUUCUGGCUCAUGGAAUUAACUUCUUAGUGUCACACCGGAGUGCCAGCCGCAUCCUAGCAGGACUCAUAUUCUCGGCAGUGGGAGAUGCCUUUCUCAUCUGGCAGGAGCAGGGCUACUUCAUUCAUGGUCUGCUGAUGUUUGCCAUCACACACAUCCUGUACUCUUCAGCCUUCGGCAUGAAGCCUUUGGACCUCAAAGCCGGCUUGUUGAUGGGCCUUGUUUCCAGUUCCUGUUAUGCCUUCCUGUACUCCUACCUCUCAGGCCCAUUCACCUACCUGGUAGCUGUCUACAUUGCCUUGAUUGGCUUCAUGGGCUGGCGAGCGGUCGCCGGCAUGCAACUGUGCAACGACCUCUGGACAUGGACCAAGCUCUCGGCCUGCAUCGGCGCGAUGCUGUUCAUGGUGUCGGAUCUGACCAUUGCACUUAACAAGUUCUGCUUUCCUGUGCCCUACUCGCGCUUCAUCAUCAUGGCUACUUACUAUGCAGCCCAAAUGCUUAUUGCACUGUCAGCUGUGGAGAGCAGAGAUGAAGAGGACUUCAGAAAGAGGAGCUAGGUGGAGUGCCAAUAGUCUGUGAACAACGUGGGUUAUAUCUCAGGUGCUGUAGCUGCAUUCACCCCUGAGAGAGAUCUCCAUUUCUCUAAGCACAUUGGUGAUGUUGAUUUUGCUUCUUUGAAGCAUUACCUUUGGGGCUUUUUUUUUCAAUGGCUUUCUCUGAAUACAGCUUACUUCAGUGUGGAGUCCACAUCAGAAAGCUUAGACUGUCCCUGCAGUAGCUACUCAUUCAACUUUUCCUCCUUGGAAGUGUUGUACUACUGCAUUUUACUUGUUAGUCUCAAAACUGAUGCUGAAUGUCUGGGAAGAGGAGGGCUGAUGGAAAGGAGGUUUGGCCAUGCACUGUGCUAGAAGACUUGCUUUCAAUAGUAGGCAGACAGGCACAGAUCUCUGCUAAAGUCAUAGGUAAAAAUGAAUUUAACCGACAUUUGUCUCUUUUUAUGCAUUACAAACUCAGUAUGCAAACUGGAGCUAUUGCCUCUGCUGAAAGGAAGCCUGGAGGUAGAGUAAAAACAGCAUAUCCAGAUGAGGGCUGAGCUUUGCAGUAAAUGGCAGCAUGUGGGGCAGCCCCCAGCAGAACCAGAACGAAAGCAAAACACCAAGCAGAGAGCACAGAGCGAGAGGUGCGCUGCCAUGCAGUGCUGCGUGCUUUGAUCGUGGCCAAUCACUGCUCCAGGGCAGGUCUGUAGGUGAAAGUCAGCAUUGCCGUGUGUGGCAGAACUAGGAGUUUGGUGGGAUUUCAAGGACAUCUAGGUAGCCAGGCCGGUGCGUUCUCCCCUGCCAUGCGUGCACAGUUACACGGUGUCUCCAGUGACAGUUAGGAUGUAAUGGGCACAUGAAGAACUUUGAUUUUUACAGCAGGACUUUGAGCAUGUGUCUUACUAAUGUAUGCCCUAAUUGUCCUUAGUACGGCAGACAGAAACCUAACCUUUAUGCCUUUCUUUCCCAGUAUCCUAACAAAGAAUAUUCCAUAUACUCAUUAAGCUUUACAGUACUGCUGCUUGCAGUAUCUCUCUCAGAUCUUCGUGUGAGCAUUUCCUGUGGUCAAGGCCCUGAUUUUAGAUGUAGAUUGUUGUUGUGUUUUGCCAGCUGGUGGUAAACAAUCAACUUUGCACCACUUGUUUUUGGAAAGCCCCUUUUCAGCAGAGCUUCCUGAAAAACACUGUCCUGUGUGUUCAAAGUGCCUGCCGCUUCCUUCUCGAACUCACAUAGAUGGAGUCAGAAUGUGGCAUCAGGGCUGGGAAAGCCUGUUUAAUUCUGAUCCAAAUUCUUUCGUUGGUUUGUCUGCCCAUCUGCUGAAGCAAGAUUACUUCUCUGACUCUUUUAAAAAGAUAUAGGAAGAGGUUGCCCUGAUUUUUAAUCCAAGUUCAUUUCUGAUCAUACGUGUAUUUUUUCCUCUUAUUUGGGCUAACUAACAGCAAGCUCUGUUUCUGUUUGAAACUAUCUUGAAUGUGCUUUCUCCUUCUGUCCGUCCUAGGGUCGCUCCCAUGGGCUGAGAUGCUCCCCCAAUGGCUUGUUUUAAGACACGAGUGUACUCAGGUGUGCAAAGGAAGCUAACUGAGGGUUCCCGCACCUCUUCAAGCCUGCAGCCAAACAGGGACAACCAGAGCAGACCGCGCGACUCGAAUCCAUGCACGCCCCAACAACCCCGUGCACCCGCUAACAUGGGCAGAGGGAGCCGGAGGGGCAGCCCUCGUGGGCUGAAAGUCACCACAGUCUCCAUACCUAGCGUGCCCAGACCAUUCCAGGCGAAAGCCUGGCACCGAGUCCCUGGCACAGUCGGCAGAGCAGGAAUUCCUCUUUGCGAGGAGUGCGGCAGGGUCAGGGGGCAGCUGAGGAAACCCUACCAACCCUGCUAGCUUUUCCCUUGGUGUUGAGAGGUGCUAAGUGGGUCUCCUGCUCCUCCCCAGCCUCGCGUGGUGGGACUGGCUGGGGAAUAGGCAUUGCCUCCCCAUGACUUCUGCGUUAGUGCAAAUGCAGCCAGUAUUACAAAAAUCUAGGUUAACCAUCCUGACCCCGUGGAGUCAUCUGCUGCUUUUCAGACAGAGAUCAGAAAGGUCAGCUGCAUUAUUGAGAGGGAAAGCAUUGUAAAUAGCACAGCCCCGUGUAAUCUUUUCCCUUUAAUGCUGUUGUGUGAUAUUGUCAGUAUUCAUUCACUGGCACACCGGGGCCUGCCUGGAGUAAAUUGCUAAGGGGAUUUAGAGCCAUAAAACAUCUUCAUUCAUCAGCAUUGCUUAUCUCCUGGCCGCAGCUUGAACCCUGCAGUGUAGCUCUCUGCAGAUGUCACCUGCUGUUACUCAGCUUGGCUGUUUGCAAAUCUCUUCCUACAACAGAUUGACCCAGCUAAGAGGAAAUCUAAGCAUUUGGGAUGAACCGCGCCCCGCCCCCCCCAGCACGUGAGCAAAAGCACACUUCAGUCUGAUUUACAGCUUCUUGUCAUGGGUCAGUCCAGCGCACUCAGUCCUUAGUUGGCAGUUCUUCAGAGGAGCUCCCUGCACCCUCAGCUUCCCUUUGCUUUGAGGAAAAUGCAUGUGUGAUAAAGUAAGCUUUAUUUAAAAGUUAGAAUUUUGAUUAUUUCUUUCUUCCCCUCUAGAAAUGAGUGGUCUUCAAUUUCCUGAAAAUGGCCAAGUUGCUUUUCUGUGUGCUUUUUCAUCUUGGCUUGCUUUGUUAUCCUGCUCCACCAUCAGCCACUGGAUACUUGCAGAAAAGGAUCUUUGGAGUGUUAUUAGGAGGCUUGCCCUGUCCUCUCCAUUGGCCAUCAGAGGUACAGUUUCUGGUGGCAGAGGUCUCUUGGUGGCUCUAGCUGGGACAGCAGAAACAUGUGCAGCCCAAGUGGGCUGUUGUUCCCUCGCUGUCCCCUCGCCUGGAGCGGGCUGGCUGGGACGCAUCCUGGCCAGCCACACUGGCUCCGUACCAGUGCUGCAAUGGCUUCAGCCUUCCCAGGAACACGAGGCAGAGCCCUCAGCAUACAAAGUCAGGGACAGUCCUGGCUGGCUUGGAGGUUCGCCAGUGAAGGCUCUCAAUCUUCAAAAUCUCUCUCCCGCUCUGCAUUCCUCCUUUUAAUCCAUAUUACUUGAAUGAGACCAUUUUCCUGGAGGCUCUUUCCUGCUGGGAAGAGACCAGCUGCUGUGGACACUGAUUUGACACAAUUCUGGGUUUCAUAAACCCUGAGAAACACUAAGCAGUUGCUGACAGUCUGUUAAAUACCUUUUCUUGGGAUUAAAACUGUUCCCUCAACCCCAGUGAGGGCAAUCUUCACUUUGAAAGGGAGCAUACAAGAAGUGGGAAUGACGUGACUGUCUGUGGCACUGCCUUUGUGGACCUUCCUGUUGUCUCUGCACUGUAAAACUGCAAGGUUUGAUCCAUUCUUCUCCUUUUCAGGGGUACAGUCUUUGAGAAGCACCCAGUCUUUGGCCCAGGGACAUUACAGAGGGAAUGAAGCUCCCCAGCAGUGUAGUGUGCCUGGCCCCAGCAGUAUCAGCUCCUUUGCUUGCUAAGUACAGAGGCUUUCUUUUCACAUUGCUGUAUUCAAACACCCCUCUGUGAUUCCCAUCUAUGGUCACUUGAGGUUACACACAUGGUCCAAUUACUUUUGCUCUCUUUCCCUUCUGUAGUUACCACCCUCUUGGAGAUUCUUUGGCUCCUUCUUUGGACAUAUAAAAGACGUAGCACAUUUAUUUCAGCCUUGUAUCUCUUUCUGUAGAUAGACCCUCCUCACACAGAAUUCCCAGUGAAGUCAAAGAAGCAAUGCUAAUUGCAACUGGUCUUUAAAUGCUAGUAAUCCUUCUGGGCUGUGCCAGUCACACUGAUGUCAGCAGGGUGAAGCUGGUGUAGAAAUGGAGGAUUGAGAAGAACAAAGCCAGAGGAUUUUAACAGCUUUACUCCUACUCUACCAAGAAAAUUGUAUUUGUGCUUAAUACAUGGCUGCUUACUCCUCCAUACUGAGGCAACUGUGAGACUGAUUGGUUUAAGAAUUACUGUAACAUGGCUUUUAAGUAGAUUGCUGAAGGUUUCAUAUUGUAAUCAGUGGAGGCAAUUGACAUAUUUUUACACAAGUGUAUAAAAUUCCCAGGACAAACUGCAGAACUUUUAGUGGCUCUUCAAAGUUUUCCAGUCCUGUAGUUUGACACUAACACCUGUAUGUUUUCAGCUUGCUAUCAUUGUAAUUUUGGGAGCUGUUCUGGACAAAGCAGAUCAAAGCAAACAGCAACUGUAAAGCUCAGUGGCAGGUGCCUCCUUCUCUUUGCUUGAUUUCUGGAUACUGACAGGGGCUCUUUUAAGCAGAGGCAUCAUAACUGUGUUCUUGGAAGAGGAUAGGCAGUUGCUGACUUCUCAUGACAGAAGUCCUCCUGGGUACUUCUCCUGCCUUUUAUCCAUGCUUGCUCCUUUUGUGGCCUUGGGUAAGUCACUUAAAUUUUCUGGGGCCAGGUCCUCAUCUGGUGUAAAAUAGUACAAGUGUAUAAGGGCCAGUGCUCUGCCAAGUUACAGAAGCAGGGGACUAGGCCCUCACCCCAUUUCUAAAAUGGGGAUAUUAGCACUUACCUACCUCACAAGGAUGCUGUGAGGAUUAAUGCUCAUACAGCGCUUUGAAGAUGUAAAGUGCUAUAUAAGGCCCAAGUAUUAUCCUACCUUAGUGUUAAAAAUGCUUUUGGGGAUCUGCAGGACUUCUCUUAAAGCGUGGAAUGUGUGACUGCCUUUUCAAUUUGCAUCAGAUGGAAAGCAAAUGUGAAAUAUUUAUUCAUACUGGUUAACAGGAUGGGCUCAGCUGCGCUUGAACUCUGAGGAGGGUUUAGCUUAAAAGUCUGAACUCUUAUUUCAGUUUUGCAAAUGGUUUUUAGUUCUUCUAAAAGCCUCAACCAAAUUCUUAGACACGAACCUUGCAUCCAAAUUUUGCAGUCUGGUCUUAUCCCUGACUGUGAGCUAGAAUAAAUCUAAUCCAGCCAAAGCACAGUGCUCUCACAGUCUGGUAUGGCUGUUGAAAAGACUGGAACAGAAAAUGAAGUCAUUCUGUUCAACCUUCAUUCUGCAGAAGGUCAGCUAUGUUUCAUGGGACAACUUGCAAAGGGAUGUUUAAUUUCUGUGAUUGUAAGUUUUACUGGCUUUAAAAAUCAGCAGAGAGGGAAGGCCUUGAUGGAAUCAAUAAGGUCGGCACAUCCUUCUUGAAUUACUUCCUUUUCACCUGAGUCAAAGAAAUAGCAGGUUCUAUAGCAAAGGAAGUGCUUGUACCACCAGUCCUAGGGCCCAGAACGAAAGUUGAUCUAGAAAUACAGCUCUAAACCAUCACCAUGUUCUCAACCAGUAUGAAAAUGCCACUGUUCACUGAUUUCAAAUCUGGACCACAGCUAGAAACUACUUAGUUCUGGUAGCACUAGCUGCUGUACAAACACAAAUGAAGGUGAGGAAUUACACACCAAGGAACGUGAGCUGUGUACAUGUGAAAUGGACCAUCAUUUUGAAGCAGCUGCAGUAAAAUCUUAUCUUAAUAUGAACUCAGAAGCAAUCACAAUGCAAAUUUUUAUGGUUUCUUUAAAAUGUUUGAUGGGUUUUAGUUUUCUUAGUUUGGAGAUUUUCUUAAUGUUAUUUUAUUUUUGCUCUUAUUGUAAAGAAUAAAAAUAUACAACUCUAGCUAGACUACAAAUGAAAAAAGGUGGCCAGUUGGCAGGAAUGCCAAAACUUCUGUGGCUUGUAUUGUUUCUGUGGUGACACUAUGCUGCUGUAGGAUGAGCUACUGGAGUGGUGUGAUGGCUCAACAGUGAGGCUGAAGCACAAUAAGGCCAGUCUCAUAUAAGAGGGAUGCAGGGGCUGAGGCACCGAGACUGCAGUGGGAGCAGGAGUGGGCCAGUUUGGAUCAGUCAAAAGACAGAGCAUCAGGAAAUAAAAGAAAGUUUUUCCUGACAGAUAAAAAGCAAGAAACCAAAGCCAGCCCGUUGGGCAACGGUGCUGAAUCAGUACAAACACAUGUAUCUAGACCUUGCUUGUGCAGGCUCCUGCUGGACCAAGCCUUGCUCCUAAUUCACCUGGGGGCGCUUGCUCCAAGCCUACGGUGCUGGCAGGGUCAGGCCAGCAGAACCUGAUGCUUUGUUAUAUAAAACUCCAAAAACUAGAAAACAAACAAAACAAAAACAAUAAAGAAGGAAGGAAAAAGCAAAUGCCAAUGGGUAAGCAGUAGUUCUGCUUGGCUGAGACUGCAGACUGGCUGGUCUGUCCUGAACACUAAUAGCUAUGUCUUGUACCCAUGCGAGCCUCUCGCUCCAGCCCCUCUCCCACGCAUUCCAGGCAGAGUGCACUGAAAGAUGUAACUGAAGCAGCUGCUCUCCCCCAGGGAGUCAAGCAUUUUGCCUUGUCUGAAAGUCUCUAGCACUUACUUCCUUUACUGUGAUUGUAAAGGUCACCACAUGCAGUACAGCCACUUGAUCUGGGAUGUUUUCUUAACAUAUUUUUAUGCUGAUUUUACUAUUUUAAUUCUUUGUUUGGAAUGUAUUUUUUUUUCUCAUUUCUUCUGUGUAUAACAGCAAUUAAAUAUAUUAAUUUACUGGGUAUUUUUACUGUG